AGCUUUACUUUAUCUGAUUUUUUUUCCUUUUGUUAUUGUUUUUUGAUUUGAUCGGAUGUGACAGACUCCUGAGAGGACAUUGGAUGCUCCUGAUAUUAUAGAUGAUUUUUGCUUGAACUUAAUGGAUUGGAGUAGCAGCAAUGUUCUUGCACUUGCUCUUCAAAACACGGUAUAUUUGUGGGAUGCUUCAAAUGGUUCUGCCUCAGAGCUUGUCACUGUUGAUGAUGAGAAUGGCCCUGUUACAAGUGUGAGUUGGGCUGCUGAUGGACAAUACAUUGCCAUUGGCUUGAACAGUUCUGAUGUUCAGCUAUGGGAUUCUACAGCUAAUCGACUGCUGAGGACUCUGAGAGGUGGCCACCAAUCACGAGUUGGUUCUCUAGAUUGGAAAAACCACAUCCUUACAACUGGGGGAAUGGAUGGUCAGAUCAUUAACAAUGAUGUAAGAGUGCACUCGCACAUUGUGGCAACUUUUAGAGGACACCGGCAAGAGGUUUGUGGACUGAAAUGGUCUACCUCUGGCCAACAGUUAGCGAGUGGAGGAAAUGACAAUUUACUCUACAUAUGGGAUAGGUCGAUGGCCUCUAUGCAUUCACGUUCUCAGUGGCUUCACAGGCUUGAGGAUCACACUGCUGCAGUAAAAGCGCUUGCUUGGUGCCCUUUUCAGCGCAAUUUGCUGGCGUCUGGAGGAGGUGGGAGUGAUUGUUGCAUAAAGUUUUGGAACACCCACACUGGCGCAUGCUUGAACUCAGUGGACACUGGCUCACAAGUCUGUGCUCUGCUGUGGAACAAGAACGAGCGUGAGUUGCUUAGCUCCCACGGCUUUAUGCAGAAUCAACUCACCCUCUGGAUGUAUCCAUCAAUGGUGAAGACUGCUGAGCUUACUGGUCAUACAUCCAGAGUUCUUUUCAUGGCUCAGAGUCCAGAUGGACGUACAGUGGCAACUGCUGCAGGAGAUGAGACUCUCAAGUUUUGGAAUGCUUUUGGCAUGCCAGAAGUGAAAAAAGCUGCACCAAAAGCAGAGCAUCCUGGGCCAUUUCCUCAUAUAAGGCGAAUCCAUUCUUUCCAAGAAUGGGAAAAUUGGCAGUGGAGCAAGAACAGGUUGAGAUAGUGAAGCCUUGCACAGACACAUGAGAGUACAGAAUAGUCGUUCUCCAGAACUCUCUUGAAGUCCUCCUCAUCAACGAUACUGAUACAGGUAAGGUUACUCUUUCCAUUCUUGAUUUUUAUUUUUAUUGGAUGAAAUGGUGAGAGGAUCAGCUUUGUUGUUGGUGGUGUUGUUUGUUUUUAUUUUUUUUCAUUUGGUGGCUUCCAUGGACGUGUGCAUCGGUUCCUUCAACGAUCUUGAGGGCCUCCCAGGCCUCGUGCGAGAGAACAGGGGCAUUACCUUACGAAAUAUUUCAUAUUCUGAUCCAUUCAUAAUCUGUUUGGUUGCUAAGAAAAUGAGGAUAACUAGGAAGAGAAUGGAGGAAAAUAUUGUUAGGGUCAACUAGUAAAAGACGAGGAAGGCUAGGGUUGAAAAUGGGAUUCAAUUUACCAAAGGCACGAGACCCUUUUGUUAUUAUUAUGGAAUUUUGAGAAUUUUGGUUUGGAAUUGUGUUUGGAAAUGAUCAUAGCCAAGAUGAUAGUGUUGAGAUAGAUGAAUGACAACAUGAAAAAUGAACAAUUGAGAAAUGGGUAUGUGCAUCUAUGUUACAUGGAUGGAGUUACAGAUGUCGGGUUUUAGUGUGCUUCUAGCUAAGUAGUGUUAGAUUCCUUUACUUCCUAUAUCUCAGGACAUGAGAAUAUGGAUAAAAUGUGCUCUGAUUUUUUCCAUUCUAUUUAUUAGCUACUUUAGCUCAAUUGAAGUUUGUAUGGUUAGCGUAGUUUAUCCAACAUAAUUUUAAGGUUAGUUACCAUGGGAUUUCCCACCAAAAUUGUAUUGCAAAACACCAACAGCCCACCACCAUUGCCAUCGGCAUUGUCCUAAUACCUUUAUAUAAGUUUUGGCGAUUCAUGGUAUCUUCAUCCACUGCCACAACCCCCCUCCAAAAGUCCCUAAGCUACUUGAACAACUCCCUAUCCUAGAAAUGCAAUGACAACCCAACUACUCUCACACAAGGUUCUCUAGUAUGAACUUCUUCCCCACAGUAUCCCACCUCUGGGACUCCACUAUCUAAAACAGAAUUUUAUUCUUUUACCUUCUCAACCCUUUUAGGGACCAACUCUGCAUCAGAAACUGCCUCAAAUCCAAACAAGAUAAGGGAGCUCCCUGACAAGGCCAAAUGCAUGCCCUCUUUGGUUUCAGCCAUACACCCCACCUCUUCAACAAAAUUAGAUCUGGAGCUUGGUGUGAAAAUCCCCCAGCCCUACCCACUAAACAACAUUGCAGUCCCCUUCAUCUUACUGCUCAACUCCUUCUCCCCUAACUGUAUCCACACUGCAGUACCUACCUAUAUGGGCCUUCCUCACAAGCUCAUCAAAGGACUCUCCCUUUUUGGUAUCCUUCUAACUGCUCUCUGCAGACGGGACCUUAGUAAAAGGGUCAGCUUCAGGGAUAGGAAAGACCACCCAAAGUCUCAUAACUUGUUAGCUAGAAUGACUCAACCCCCAAGAAACCCCCUGCCUUCUGAGAACCCCAAAGCUAACCUCCUUGCCUCCACAAAGCAAACCGAGUACAACUGAUACUGCCCUCCUCAUUACUAUGGAGCAGCAGUCUGUAGACUCUGUACCACUUCCCCCUUCUUUCCAUUCCUCUUUGGAAAUGGCCUCUCAAUCGAAAGACGCUUUUCUCCAAAUCUAAUCCAACUAGAGAACCCAUGUCCCCUUUCCAAACUUCAGCUUCCACCCUACCUUUGACAACCUGUACUGAGAUUUCAAAAGACUUCAACCUCAACCCUAAACCAGAAUUUUCUGCUUUUCAUCUUUCCUUCUUAAAUUGUUUAUUGCCUCCAAUGAUCAAGCACAGAGCACACACCAGAGGAAUAGUUGGCUUUAGAACCAUCUUGCCUAACAAGCCCUUAUUGCCGAAUGAUAUAUCUCCUCAGCUUUUUAUUUUUUCUUUGUUAUGCACAAAUAUUUGGAUAUUUGAACCCUAGGCUUACCCCCUACCUGACAGUUCCUAGCACUUUACCAUCUACAUCAUGACCAAUUAGAGCUCACUGCAAUGUCAGUUUCUAAAUUCUUAAUUGGCUCUUAAGCAAGCGGUUCAGGGUUAGCGUAGUUGAACAAAGCUACCGCUUGUGAACUUGUUGACGGUGAAUUUCUUUUGGUUCAAAUUUCACUUAUACUGAAUUUUCUAAAUUUAAAAAUCGUCCCAUUGGAGGAUAUUAAGAAAGUCUUUAAUUAUAGUAGUAUGUAUAAAAUCUAUGUGUUUUCAAAAAGAAUAUACAUAAUCAUAGAACCAAUGUAACCAUGUUCAUAGAAGGUAAAAUGGUUACAUGGUAUAUUAUAAAACCAAAACUAGUUGAUGAAGAUUAUAGAGUUUCUGUUGCCUGUUGGUAUAGGGCUUAUAGGCAGAAAAAGUGUCAUCUUGAGUUAGGUAAUUCCAGCUCAGAGAUUGAGCCUUUGGAAUAAAACAGUUGGUUGGUUUUGAGCAAAAAUUUUCAAUGUUGACCACAAGGCCAAAUUCAGUGAUGGAUAUAGAAGCAUACUUAUAUUAUAUUAUUGGGAACAUAGAGUCCAUGCUAGUCUGAGCUAGAGGUUAAGUUUCAGUAACUAAGAAAUCAAAGAUGAAGUGCAACAGAAGGCACAACCUGAGUGCAUGAGAA